AUGGGUGCCAUCAGAUACCAGGCAGUCCACGUGGCAGGUGUUGCGUCACCAGGCAAAGUUUGCAGCUAUCAGGAUGUGAUUGAUUUCCUGAAUCUCACAAGAAGCAAUGAAGUGUAUACAUCUGCACGACCUGUAAGGGACUGGACACAUCCAACUGUGGUGUACCUGGACAUCUACUUGUAUGCUAUACUGGCAGUGAUUGAGAAAUCUCAGAUCUUUACCCCUUUUAUCUGGAUUGCAUUGACCUGGGGUAAUGAGCUCAUCUCUUGGGAUCCCAGUCAAUUUUGUGGAAUAGAGAAACUGUCCAUUCCAAAAGAGAUGCUCUGGAAGCCAGAUCUCUUCAUAUAUGAGAUGACAGAAGAGGAUAACGGUGCACAGAGCCCAUACUUGUAUGUCUACCAUGAUGGCACCGUUUCCCUGGGGGAUGACUAUGCAGUAGCCAGCACCUGCAAAAUGGAUGUGCACAAAUUCCCUUUUGACACCCAGAGUUGUACCAUCACCUUCAGCUCCCUCAUCUAUACAGUGGAUGACGUGCAGCUCUUCCCACACUCCAACUCCUCCCGUGCCACUCAAGCCUCCUUGGAGGUGAUACAGUCCCAGGGGGAGUGGGAGUUCCUCAACAUGUCGGUGACGAAGACUAAACUCUCUUUAGAUGAAAAAGCGUGGGAUCAACUGACGUACACGAUAACCAUGAGGAGGAGGCCCCUGCUACACGUCAUCAAUCUGCUGCUGCCCAUCCUCUUUUUCCUCACACUGGACAUUGCCUCCUUCUACAUUUCUGACAAAAGAGGAGAGAAACUUGACUUCAAGGUGACCGUGCUCCUGGCCAUCUCUGUCCUGCUGCUUAUCCUCAAUGAUAUCCUGCCUUCCAUGUCCAACAAAACACCACUAAUAGCCACCUUCUGCAUAGUCAUCUUUGCGUUCAUGUUGCUGAGCGUACUGGAAACGAUUCUUGUGACCUACCUGAUGGAGAAGGACUCUGUUCCGGCCAGGCCAGUAGAAGAUGGCUCCCAGAGUCUGAGUGAUGACUGUGAGAAAACACAAGAGGAGAUUGGCUGUCAGCAUGAGUGCAAGAGAAGCAGGUGCACCUGUGCCUGUGUCUGUGGUGCGCAUGAGGAGCCUCAAAGUGAGCAGCAGGUCCAUGAAUCUCUGCGGCUGACUGAUUCCCAGCUACUGAAGCUCAUUCUGGGGGAGCUGCAGGUCCUUCGGCACAAUCUGUUUCCCUCUGACAUGGGACUGCAUGAGAGGAAGCCCCUGUACUGGGAGAGAGUCGCCAAGCGCAUAAAUUCAAUCUUCUUCUGUUUCUACCUCAUCGCCAUCUUGCUGUUUCUCCUUUGUACCUUUAUUGAGUGGAUGGCCUAA